AUGAAGAAAAAAAAAACUAGAAUUUAUCUAACAAACAUCGGAGAUAUCUAUCGAAAACAGCAAAGUGAUUUUACUACUGCUGAAGCGACUUAUAAAGAAGCUUUGAGUUCACUGGAAAAAUCUUUUGGACCGAAUCAUAUCGAGAUUGCUGAAGUUCUCAAUUCGAUGGGUUUAGUUUUGAAAAAACGCGCUGAUUAUUCGGGUGCAGAGAUAUGUUAUAAACGUGCUAUUCAAAUAGUAUACGAUACAUUUGGCCACGAUCAAGAACAUUAUAAACUAGGAAUUUAUUACAACAACCUGGCUGAUUUAGAUCGAAAACGAAAUCGAUUUCAAGAAGCGUUAAAAUUGUAUCAACGUGCUUUGACAGCGAUUGAAAAAACACUCGGCUCAGAACAUUCCGAAGCCGCAGAGAUCUUACAUAACAUUGGUCAAGUUCAACAUCAGCUUGAGAAUUACAAAGAAGCCAUCGAUUAUAUCAAUCGUGCUUUAGUUAUCAUAAAGAAAGAAUUUAGUACAAAACAUUACAAAUACGGAAUGUUUCUUAAUUCUCUCGGUUUAGCUUAUGCAAUGCUAGAGGAAUACCAGACAGCUUAUGAACAUAUGAAAGACGCUUUACAAAUCUUAUUAUCUGCACUGGGAAGUGGACACAUUGAAGUUUGUGAUGUGUAUGCGAAUCUCGGUGAUGUCUGUAUGAAACUUGUCGCGGAGUCUAAUGGUAAAACAGGCAAAGCUAUCGAUAAACAAGUGAAACUGGAUGAAGCAAAGAAGUAUUAUACCGAAGCACAACGAAUUGUUCAAGCAACCUUUGGAGCUGAACAUACGAAAGCCAAACAGUUUAUGUCACUUUUGUUUAUUGUUGAAAACUAUAAUUCUUUUUAA